AUGGGGCCUCUAGCAUGGACAGUGUUCUUGUGCAUCGUCAGCAGUGCUAGAUCGGGUGACGCGAUUUACAACGAAACUAGUUCUGAUACACCAACUAUUGGUAGCUUUUCUGGAAAUGCUUUCGAGAUGCUCAUGGCAAAGCUAGACCACAUGCAGCAAAGUGUUCUGGAACUACAGACCGAAUUGGCCAAGCAUCGGGAAGAGCAAGCGCACAUGACCGUGGUACUAGACAACAUGCAGCAAAGUUUUCUGGGGCUACAGAGCGAAUGGAACCGGGAAGAAGCUGCGCAAAGCCAAAAUAACAGCGAUAAGAGCCUGGUCGAUAUUAAGAGGAUCGUGCAGAACAAUUUCGAUUCGAUGCGUCGAUUGGAGGAUGAUGUUGGACGCAACUUUACUCUCCUACAGGAACGAUCAUGGCAGAUCCUUACGCGUGUUACAACGAAGACCAAUCCUCUUUCAUAUGUACCCUAUCGCUCGUGCAGUGAUAUUUGGAAUGCACAGUCUGGGGUAUAUAUUAUCCAGGCGAACGUUGAAAGCAUCCCUUUAAUGGUGUACUGUCAGAGGGAUGUGAAGGGUGGAGACAGCUGGUUGGUGAUACAGCACCGAUUCGACGGAUCGAUAAACUUCUAUCGCAACUGGACCGAGUAUCGGGAUGGUUUCGGUACCAUUGAGAAGGAGUUCUGGAUCGGACUGGAACGAAUACAUCAGCUGACAUCGAGGCGACCCCAUGAACUGAUGGUUGAGCUGAGAGACUUUAAGGGGAAUUAUAAAUUUGCACUCUUCGAAGCAUUCGAGAUCGGCAGUGAAGCCGAACAAUACAAUCUGAAAACACUUGGAGC